AAAUACAUCGACCAUCUUUUAUUCUUCUCGAUCAAAAACAUCCACCCCAUUAAUUUCUAAUACUUCAUAUCCAAUUUCAAUUUACUUUACACAAGCUAAUACAAAAAACAUAAAAAUGAAGUCCAUGAAGACUCUUUUCCUUGUGACCUUGUUAAUUAUGGCUUUGACCGUUACACCAUCAUCAGCAUCAUCUUCUGAAAACGAAGAACCAAACUCUUCACUUCAAGGAACAAGCCACUUCCUCAACCGCAAACAAUAUAGAAUCUCUCUCACAUGUGACAAAUAUCCCAAGAUUUGCCAUACCAAAGGUAGCGCAGGUCCUGAUUGUUGCAACAACAAAUGUGUCAAUUUUACCAUAGACAUGUUUAACUGUGGGAGGUGUGGAAAGAAAUGCAGUUUCCCAAAGAUAUGCUGUGAAGGUAAAUGUGUGAACCCUAGGAGUAACAAGAAACAUUGUGGGAAAUGUGGUAACAAGUGUGAAAGUAGAGGUUCUUGUGUUUAUGGAAUGUGCAGCUAUGCAUAGAAUUUGAAACCGAUCAAGAUGUAUACAGUAUAUAUGUGACCAAAAUAAAGCAGCCUCUACUAAAAUUUAUUUGAUCUUAAUUUGCGUUGAUUAAUUGGUGACUUGGUGUAAUAAUAAAUAAAUUUGCUAU